CUCUGCGAUCAACAAGCGGCAGCUGUGAAACGGCCAGACGCCAGUGUCAGCCGUUUGAGACGCCACAUAUUCCAGUCUGCUGCACUGGACCAUGCUUGAGUGCAGGCCACGACUCUCCCCAGCACAGCAGCAAACCCCAAUGUUCGCGCACAUCCAACCACCAUGAGCGACCCCGUUCAGCCACCCCCGAGCCCGCCCACCUCCGCACUCCAUCACCACCAUGACUCGCUCGCCGAUGGCUCCGCCGUGACGCCGGAGACGGACGCGACAAAGACAGAAUCGAGCGCGACGCCCUUGGAUGUCAAGGCCCUCACAGAUCGCACCCUACACUUCUUGGCGACGGCGAGCAAUGAGACGCUCGGCGCCUGUCUGGCCGGCCUAGGCGCAGGCACCUAUUUCAUCCUCGGCCGCGUUGGGCUGGUCCUCAUAGGCGUUGUAGGCGGCGUUGUCCUGCACGCGACGUGGGAGGGGCACCAUGGCGGCGACAGCAGGGAGACACAGGGAAAGAGCGCCGAUGCGAGGAAGCGGCAACUGGCCGUCGACAUAGCGCAGCGUGUGCUGGACUGGCGGAGCGACAAGACACACGAGCAGAGCCACACCAGAGACGCCAGCUCCGACUUCAACGUGCAGCUGUAUUCGGGCAAGACGCUCGACUACUCGGACUUCAAGCCAGAGACCGCCGCUGCGCUGACGGAGUUGACGGAUGCAGUCAUUCGUGACUAUGUCAAGUGGUGGUAUUCACCCCUACUGCCCUUCGAAGACUCAUUCCCCAACUCGUGCCGCCAGACCUUCACCGCUUUCAUGCUUUCCAUCUCUGCACACCUCUCCCGAAAGCGACCAGCCGACAACUUCCUUGACUUUGUGACGCGCUCAUCCUCCUUCUUCAUCAUAUUGCUGCAAGAGAUCGCUGCUGCAAUCCAAGCCUCCCCCGGCGAUGUGCCGACCGAAGCAGUUGACAUUUACCUCAAGAUGAAGCGAGAUAGCACCCUCGCCAACAUUCUGGAUCCAGACUACCAGAUGAAGCAGUUCAGUGUGGCAGCUGAAGAUAUCCUACAAAACUACUUGGAACCAAAGACGUACAACUGCAUGCCGGCACGGGCGUUCCUACACCAGAUACUAGCGAAGCUUAUCCUUGAGAUGAUUGUCGUGAGCUGUUCCAAGCCAGAGUGGAUCAAUGGAUGGAUCGUCUAUCUCUUGGAAGAGGGCGAGCCGGAACUCCUGAAUGCUAUUGACGCAGGCGUCGAGGGUUCUUCAGAACAAUUGCAAAGUGUAAAGAAGGCUGCACAAAAGGAAUUUGACGAAACAGAAACAGUGGCCACGGCUGAGAAGAGGGAACACAAGCGCGUCAUGAGCAAAGCCCAGGAAGCCAUGGACGAUGCAAUGCGAGAGGCUCAGCUUUUGAGUCAGAUGAUAGCCGAAGAAGAUGCAAAGCGGCUCAAGCAGCAGCAACGGCAAAGUGCAUCCACGUCAACCCUGAACGACGACCAAUCCGAGAGUACCACUCAAGGAAUAGUCACCCCGUCGUCUUCGGAGAGCGACGCGCAUGGUGAUGCCGACCAUACAGACUUGGGCAUCUCUGGGCUUUCUGGUCGAUCCUUCUCAGAAGCCACACCAGCAUCUCCACCAAGGGGCCCCGAAGAACCACCAGCCCAAGAAGUGAAGAAAGCAUUCACAAGCUUCGACCAGCUUGUACUACCCCAGCCGCCUACCGCACUUAUGGACAACCCGCCUCCUGCGCCGCCACCACUAACACUACACAACAGUACCAUGUCGAUCUUUGACGAUAGCAUGCCUGGAGAGAAGGGCACAAUCAAGGCCAAACCGACGGCAGAAUAUCUGAUUCAGAUCGAACCAAAGUCAAAUCAUCACACCGGUUGGAUGACGGCACGCAAGUAUGCCGAGUUUGAAACAUUACAUGAGGUCAUACGUCGGAUAGCAGCUAUCACCGGGACUUCAGGCUUCAACGAAGCACACGCUACAUUGCCGCCAUGGAAAGGUCACACCAAGGCGUCAUUGCGUGGGGAGUUGGAGCGCUAUCUCAACGAUGCCGUGAAAUACCAACCACUUGCUGAAAGUGAAGGUAUGAAGCGCUUCUUGGACAAAGAAUUGGGCUCCGGAAAGACGCCUGGUGGUGGCUUUCCAGGAAUCGGUUGGGCGGGUCAGACCUUCGACACAGUUGGUAAGGGGAUGAUGGGCGUACUUUCAAAGGCCCCCAAAGAAGUUGCUGGUGGUGGCAAGGCCCUUUUUGGUGGUGUUACUGGAGUACUAGGUAGCGUAGCAGCACCGCUUUCAGGAAAGAAGAACCGCGAGUCGGUCAGCAACAUCGCCAAUGCGAACGCAACCGGAAGUCCCCUUAGUCGUACAUCGUCCAACACGGCGCCAAUCCAAACACGACAAAGCAGAGCAGAGUCGACCGUUUCCGAACUUCCUACGCAUAUUCGUUCAGAGAGCACCUUGUCCCUGGUAACCAAACGUACAUCCAUAGAUUCUGUACGCGAUCCUCAUUCGCCCGUCAUCGAUCAGCAACCAGGCCGUGAGGCGCCCAUGGAACGUCGACCAUCUUAUAAUCCUGACGGCGACGGCAAACGUUCCGGGAGAUCCUCCAGGUAUGGCUCCCGGAGCAAUAGUCGCGCACCAAGCAUGCGUGAGAAAAUCGAAGAUCUCAGUCCCAUGAUGGGAGGUGAUCAACUCAUCAACUUGCCACCAAUGCCUAGCGAAAUCCCCGACGAUUAUAGCACGAUGCGCAAUCAAUCAGAGCCAGCACACGCCCAUAAGCCUUCGCAGUCUUCGAGGCUAUCAACAGACUCUGUGCCCUCACUACCUCGUCGGCCCUCAGCUCCAUCGUUGACCUCUUCUCCGGCCAAAUCACCACUCAAGUCCCGUCCAGCAACCAUGCACACGUCAUUGUCCGAGCCCGAGACCACAGUCCUCAUCGAACUAUUUUUCGCAGUCAUAAAUGAACUCUACACUCUCUCCUCCGCCUGGACACUCCGCCGCACGCUCCUCAACGCCGCAAAAUCAUUUCUCCUACGACCCGGAAACCCACAGCUCUCCUCCAUCACAUCGCUCCUGCAGACCACCGUUCUCGACGACAACGCCUCUGACGCUGGUCUAGCAUACCAUAUUAGAAAGAUCCGGGAGAACGGGUUGCCAACAGAAGAGGAGCUGAAAACAUGGCCCAAGGAGAUGAGCGAAGAAGAGAAGGAGAAAUUGAGGAUUAAAGCAAAGAAGUUGUUGAUGGAGAGAGGUAUGCCUCAAGCGCUAACGAGUGUUAUGGGACAGGCUGCUAGUGGAGAGGCAUUGGGUAAGGUGUUUGAUUGUUUGCAGGAACCUAGGGUUGCGAGGGGUGUUAUGUUUGGUUUAGUGUUACAAGGAUUGAGGGCUGUAACGCAGUAGUAACGACUUAGAAGGUGUUCCAGGCGUUAGUAGAAGUGGGUUUCGACCUUGAUGUUGUUUGAUAACUGCCAGGCGUCUGGUCAUCGAAAUCUUACGAAGACAUU